UAAGAAUAUCAUUUGUAUUCUAAAAAAUAAAAUAAAUUAUCACUGACUGAAACUAUAUAAUGAGUUUACAGAGUGUCUGCUCAUUCCAUUUUUAGAUCUUAAGAAAUGCAAGGUAGAAGAACUUUGACGUUUUAACUGAUUUUUCCCUUUCCAUUUUCCUUCUAUAUAAAUCAGUAGCAGACACAGACACCCAUCAAAAUUUCUGUUCUGCCAGAGGAUUUGGGACAAUGGAGAAAGGACUUUCUUGGCCUUGUGAAGAUGAGGUAAUGAUAGUAACAAAACCCACAUGCUUUGAUUGCCUUGUAAAUUUGAUGGCUGAAGAGAAUGAGGCAAAUCGUUUCUGCAAUGGCUGGGAGAAGUCCUGAGGAAGUUCGAGUUGUAGUCUCUCCUUAUCGGAUUUGUCCUCUAGGUGCGCACAUUGAUCAUCAGGGUGGAAUUGUUUCAGCUAUGACAAUUAACAAAGGAGUACUUCUGGGGUUUAUUCCUUCUGGUGAUACCAAGAUUAUACUGCGCUCAGGACAAUUCAAUGGAGAAGUUAGAAUCAGCAUUGAUGAAGUUCAAUACCCAAGACCCAUUAGAAAAAAUGGUGAGAACCAUGCAUGCGAUUCUCGAAAAUUACAAGAAGAUAGUAACUGGGGAAAUUUUGCCAGAGGAGCUGUAUAUGCACUGCAGAGCAGGGGGAUCUCUAUAACUCAGGGCAUCAUAGGUUACAUUAAUGGUUCUGAAGGUUUUGACAGUUCAGGCCUCAGUUCUUCUGCUGCUGUUGGAGUUGCUUAUCUGUUGGCUUUGGAAAGUGCAAAUAACUUAACUAUACCUCCUACUGAAAAUAUUGAAUAUGACCGGGUGAUUGAAAAUGAAUAUUUUGGCCUGAAAAAUGGCAUAUUAGAUCAAUCAGCAAUAUUGCUUUCGAGACAUGGUUGCCUAACAUGCAUGGACUGUAAGACUAAAGAGCACAAGCUUAUACGUCCGCUGAAGUUGCAGAAAUUUUACAAAAUAUUAGUGGCAUUCUCAGGCCUUAGGGAUGCUUUGACCAACAACCCUGGGUACAAUUGUCGGGUUGCAGAGUGCCAACAAGCUGCAAGAUUUUUACUGAAAGCUUCUGGAAAUGACAACUUGGAGCCUUACCUAUGCAAUGUUGAGCCAGAGGCAUAUGAAAUGUACAAGAGCAAGUUGGAACCCAUUCUAGCCAAACGAGCAGAACAUUAUUUCUCCGAGAACAACCGGGUUAUCAAAGGACUUGAAGCUUGGGCUUCAGGCGACUUACAAGAAUUUGGAAAGCUCAUUUCAGCCUCUGGUUUAAGUUCUAUUCAGAACUAUGAAUGCGGCUGCGAGCCACUGAAACAACUGUAUGAGAUUCUUCUAACGGCUCCUGGCGUAUUUGGGGCACGGUUUAGCGGUGCUGGAUUUAGAGGGUGUUGUGUUGCAUUUGUAGAUGCUGAUUUUGCAGAAGAGGCUGCUUCUUUUGUUAGGGAAGAGUAUCUCAAGGCUCAACCUGAACUGGCUACUCAACUCAACCCAAACUCGGCAGUAACAAUAUGUGAAGGAGAUGGCUGUGCUCGUGUAAUCUGAUCAAACUGAUUAUACUACUCUGCCAUUUAUUAUCACUUCAAUUCUUUGAUCCUCUUAUUUGUUUGUUGCCAUUGCAAAUUGAUUGUAACCUAUCAAGAAUUCUGGGAAUGUCAAGAAUUUGUCCCUGAUUUGGUGGGCUCAUGAUCUGUAUGGGGUUGCAUUUGCAUUACCAAGAAUUUGUUUUAGCCUAGUUUUCCUUGUUAGCUUUUGCUCUCUCCCCUUCUUCUACCAGAAGAGAAGAAUUCUGGGCUUGGAAUGGGAUUACUACAAACCUUAUGCAAUAAUUACUGUGUUCAUCAAAUCAAUGUGGAAUACAUUUCCAUUAAUUAAUAAAUUAAUUCUUGGUUUUGUAA